UUUUGGUUCGAUAUUUAUUCAGGACGUUAAAUGCCAAGGUUGCUUUAACACGUAAGUUCCCAAUCAAUUUUUAAAAGCUGGUGAGAAUCCAUGAAUAAUGUGUACAGGCUGCACGCUCGGCUCCUAAAGACCGGUCUUCACGACGACCCUCUCUGUCACCGACGCCUCUUCCUAUUUUGUGUCGCCUCUGCCCCUCAAAGCUUAGCCUAUGCCCGCUCCCUCUUCCCCCACAUAUCCUCUCCAGACACCUUUACCUACAAUACCCUUAUUAGAGCCCAUGCCCACUUCUCUCCUUCCCAUGCCCUUUCGUUCUUCUCUCAGAUGCGCCAGGCUGGCGUCUCGCCCGACGGCUUCACUUUCCCAUUUGUUCUUAAGGCAUGCGCUUGGUUCCAAGUUGGUCAGGGCCUUCACUCGCUCGUUGUUAAACUCGGUUUUGAUUCUGACAUUUAUGUUCAGAACUCGUUAAUAAGCUUCUACGGCUCCUGUGGGUCCGUUGAGCUUGCGUCAAAGCUGUUCCAAGAAAUGCUCCAUAGAGAUUUGGUCUCUUGGUCGUCCAUGAUCGCUUGCUUUGCGAACAAUGGCUUUGGGUUUGAGGCUUUGGAACUGUUUCGGCAAAUGCAGGUCUUGGAGGAUAUAAUACCCGACGAAGUUACUAUGCUCAGCGUGAUAUCCGCAGUUUCAAGCUUAGGGGCGUUGGAAUUGGGUCAGUGGGUUUAUACUUUUAUCCGCAGAAGUGGGCUGGAGCUUUCAGUUUCAAUGGGUACCGCCCUCAUUGAUAUGUAUUCGAGAUGUGGGUCCGUGGAUGAAUCCAUUCGGGUGUUUGAUGAAAUGCGUGUUAGGAAUCUGUUGACGUGGACAGCGUUGAUUACCGGUCUUGCGGUGCAUGGCCGCAGUAGAGAAGCUUUGAGAGUUUUCCACGAGAUGAAGAAAUGCGGCUUACGCCCGGAUUCUGUUACUAUCACUGGGGUUUUAGUUGCUUGUAGUCAUGGUGGUCUUGUUGAAGAGGGUUGGCGACUUUUUGAAAGCAUUAAAAAUGAGUAUGGCAUGGAACCGCUGCUUGAGCAUUAUGGUUGCAUGGUCGAUCUCCUUGGCCGUGCAGGCUUGGUCUAUAAAGCCUAUGACUUUUUGGAAAGAAUGCCAAUGAAGCCAAACUCUGUCGUUUGGAGAACUCUACUUGGAGCAUGUGUAAAUCAUAAUCAUCUUAAGUUGACAGAGAAAGUGAAGCAGAGGAUCGUUGAGCUUGACCCUUAUCACGAUGGAGAUUAUGUGCUUCUAUCAAAUGCAUAUGGUGGAGUUGGCAGAUGGGUUGAGAAGGAAGGUGUGAGGAAUUUGAUGAGGGAAAAGAGAAUUAGCAAAACACCUGGCUAUAGUUUAAUUAACAUGGACCAAGUGAUUCACAAAUUUGUUUCUGGGGAUAGUUCUAAUCCCCAAUCGGCUGAGAUCAAAACAUUCUUAACAUCCAUAAUAAAAGCUUUAAGAGAUGAAGGUUACACAACCAAUACAUCUAAUGUAUUACAUGACAUUGAAGAAGAGGACAAGGAGCAUAGUCUUGGUUAUCAUAGUGAGAAGCUAGCCGUUGCUUUUGCACUGCUUAGAUUCAAGGAUAGCAGCACCAUAAGGGUCAUGAAGAAUAUUCGAAUCUGUCAUGAUUGUCAUAGUUUCAUGAAGCAUGUUUCGAAUCAAUUCAAUCGAGAAAUCAUCAUCCGGGAUCGUAACCGGUUCCAUCAUUUUAUUAAGGGAUCAUGUUCUUGCCAAGAUUACUGGUGAAUGAUGCUCUGUUGUUGUCGUUGAGAUUAUUUGAUUAUGCUUUGAAUGGAAGGUUAUCGGUGAGUUAAUCAAUAUUGCUUUAGGCUGUGUUUGAGAAUAUAAUUGUUCUCAGAUAUUUUUAAAUUAUUUUAUUAUUAUUUACAACAUUUUUACUAUUA